GGAAAUACAACACGUUGUGGAGCGCUUGAAGGCGGCACAGCUGUGUUCCUCGGCGCUGUUGCUCUUGAACGCAGCUCGUCACCUUUUACCCAACACGAGGAUAGACGACGGGAAAACAACACGGAACGGAAGCCGAGGCAGCCAGAAUGACGAGCCUCCAGCUGAGUGCGAAGGAGGAGAUGGUGGAGAGAUUUCUGGAUGCUGCUGCCAGAGGAGACCUGACCCAGGUGUCCACGCUGCUGUCCAAUGCCGCCUCACUCAUCAACGAGACGGGAUACAGCGGCUGGACGGCGCUGAUGUUUGCCGCUCGCAAUGGACACUACCAUGUGGUGGAGGCGCUGCUGUCGCAUGGCUGCGACAAGUUCUCAGUGAACAGUUCGUCACACACUGCCUUCGAUAUCGCCAAGUUCUGGGGUCACAGACACAUCUCAGACCUGCUUGGCCGGACAGACGACCGCUGCCAACGUGUCCUGCCAGGCUCUGACCUAAACCAGCAUGAGAACUACUUUAACAGAGAGACGCUGGACCGGCUGGCUGUGAAGAGGACCGACAAGGUCUGGUUGGAGGCCAAACAGAACAACCCAGAUACAGUCUAUCUCCUGUUCUCCAACCUCAGCCCCAUGGUCAACAGCUCUCAGGAGGAUGACAAUGCAAGGGUUGAGACCAAGCUGUGUCGGUUCAGAUAUGAGGCGGUUAAAGAGCUUCUUGAGAGACCUGCGACUGUGCUCAUCUUCCUGGGAGUAGAGAAGAGGAAAAAGCCCUCCUCAUCCUCCUCUAAGACAGAAGAUGGUGUCCAGGAGCCUCCUGCUUGGUUUGCCAUCAGCACAAAUGAAGACCCUGCUGCACUUCUUAAACUCUGCAGAGAGAAGAACUGCUCCUUCCCGAAGUUACCCAACAGAGACCUGCUGAAAUUCAGUGAGGAAGAAGCUGGAGUUGUAGCUCAGGCUAGAUCAACGUUGGCCUGGCAUGACCGCUACAGCUUCUGUCCAACAUGUGGCAGCAGCACCAAGCUGGAGGAGGGAGGAUACAAGAGGAGCUGUCUGAAUUCUGACUGCAGGAGCCUGAAGGGUGUUCACAGCACCUGCUAUCCACAAGUCUGUCCAGUAGUCAUCAUGCUGGUGAUCCAUCCUGAUGGAAACCAGUGUUUACUGGGAAGGAAGAAGAUCUUUCCAGCUGGCAUGUUCUCCUGUCUGGCUGGAUUUAUAGAGCCCGGUGAGGCGAUCGAGGAGGCGGUCAGGAGGGAGGUGGAGGAGGAGAGCGGCGUGAAGGUCGGACCGGUUCAGUAUGUCUCCUGCCAGCCGUGGCCGAUGCCCUCCAACCUAAUGAUUGGCUGCAUGGCUGUUGCCAUAUCGACCGACAUCAAGGUGGAUGAGAACGAGAUUGAAGAAGCUCGGUGGUUCCCACGGCAACAGGUGAUCGACUCCCUGUGCAGAGGAGCCAGUCCAGCCUUCUUCGUCCCUCCCAGACAGACCAUCGCCCACCAGCUGAUCAAACACUGGAUUGGCAUGAACUCAAACCUCUAACCUCCGAUCCUUAGCACUUCAUCAGCAAGGAGUCUUAUGUAGACAGUGAGUCCAGGGAAUCACCACUUCCAUCACAGUGAUGGGCGUUUACUUUUAACUGACCCCAAAUCAUUUCAAUCCACUGCUUGUAUGUGGAAUGACAGCACCUCUAGCUAAAGGCAAAAAUAGAAGUGUAGCAAAAUGAAAGGAAAAGCUGACAAAGAACUCACUUCAGAUCUCAGAUCUGAACUUACACUUUGCGGUGUGAUGAUGGAUGAAAUAAGUUUAGGAAGAAAUAGUGAAAGUGGAGUGUUUCUGUUAUGUCUUCUGAUAACAGACAUAUUCAACACUACAGAUACUCAGAGCAUAAUGAAAUAUUUUAAUGCUGAAACAUAAUUUGAAGACAUGUCAAAAUCAAUACUGAAUAAAAUAAACAAAAUUU